AUGAAUAAUUCAGUAUUUGGAAAAACAAUACAAAACAUAAGGAAAAGACAGAAUAUACUUCUUAUUGAUAAUCGUAAGAAAGCUGUCAAACUAACAAGUCGUCCAAACUUUGAUAGAGUAACAAUAUUUGAUAAAAAUCUUAUUGCUGUUCAUAUGAAGAAGACUGAAGUUUAUUUUAACAAACCAGCAUAUGUUGGUCAAGCAAUUCUAGAUUUAUCAAAAACAUUAAUGUUUGAUUUUCAUUAUAACUACAUUAAAAAGAAAUAUAAAGAUAAAGCUGAGUUAUUGUUUACUGAUACGGACUCAUUGAUGUACCAAAUUAAAACAGAUGAUUUUUACAAAGAUAUAUCCCGUGACAUACUAACCAAGUUUGACACUGAUUAUCCUCCUGAUCACGAAUCUGGAAUACCAACAGGAGUUAACAAAAAAGUAAUUGGGAUGUUUAAAGAUGAAGUAGCAGGAAAACAGAUUACUUGUUUUGUUGGAUUGCGUCCCAAACUUUACAGUUUUAGAAUUGAAGAAGAUAAAGAAGUACGUAAAUGCAAAGGAAUAAAGAAAAAUGUUGUAAAAAAGAAAUUAGAUUUUGAUGACUAUGUUCAAUGUUUAUUUUUGGGCAAAAAACAAAUGAGAAAAAUAAAAAUAAUAAGAAGUGAAAAUUAUGAUAUAUAUUCAAAAGAAGUUAACAAAGUAGCUCUAAGUAAUGAAGAUGAUAAACGCGAAGUACUCUUGGGAAAAGUAAAAACGAUAGCUUUAAGGUAAUAAAGUAAAAAUAAUAAAUGUCAUAUACAGAAGAUCAAAUAAAGCAAUAUCUAGAAAUAUUGCAUAAUUAUACUUGUCAAACUGUAGAGGAAGUGGAUAAUAGUAGAAAAGCUAAAUGUUGUAAUUGCCAAAGUGAUAGUUUUACUAUUGAUUCUGGUUAUAAAAUCUGUGAUUACUGUGGAGUAGCAAACGGUCAUGUAUUAGGUUUUUACGAUGUUAAAGAUUACGAUAGAUUAUAUUUUCGAAAAAAGAGUAUUUAUCAGAGAAAGUAUCACUAUGAGAAAAAGGUUAAUCAAGUUUCUAAAAGAAUAAACCUAACUGAUGAACAAAAAUAUGAACUUUACAAUAAACUAAUGACAAUAGACAAUAAUGUUAUGGAAAUACUAAACAAGCAAUACUGUAGAAAGAGAAUGAUAAGUAUUUUUUAUUUAAUCAAAAAACUUUUGGAAGAAAUGGGUUGUGAAAAGAGCAAACUAGUUUAUCUUAAGAUUUCUCCACAAACUUUAGAGAAUUAUGAAAAGUGGUGGGAUAGUUAUAAAUCACUCAACAACACCUCUGUGAAAAAACCAAUAAAUAAUACCAGUUAG